CGCUAGAGGGCGAUGUUCAAAUUCGAGAUUGCGAAUCUGAGUCAUGUGCGCUUUGACCACGGACAAAUUUUCGCGGGAUUUUUCAAACAUUUUGGUCAAAAUAGAUUACUAGCAGACGUUUCAAAAUGUUUCGGUUGGUUUGCCCUUCACUUCAGCCUCUGUUUAUUCGGGAAAUCCACCGUGUAGCAUUUUCAAAACGGUUUUUGCUUCAAAACAAGAUGAUGCUCGCAACAGCCUGUGCCUACUUUCAUUGGCCUGACACUCACAGCCACAGUGCCAGUGGUGUAGGCCUGACGAUGCAGAGUUACCAUGGUUACAAAAGACUGAGAACCCAAACAACCCCUUGUUGUUCCAUGAUAAGAUUAGCAAGCACAUCUAAUCCUGAGAACCCAACAAGGAGUGUAGAGCAAGAUUCCCAACCAACAGACAAAUCAGCUCCUAAUUUUCAUCUUGUCAAAUUGCGUUCUUGGGCCUUCGCUGUUGAGCCAUUCGGAAGUCUUUCCUUCAAAACCUCCCUGUCGAUAAGGGUCAUGCCCAUCGACCCCCACGACUACCCUGCAGCUGACAGGGCUUUUGUUCAUCUACUUCUCUGCAGCAAAUCACGGGACGAGAAAGUCAAGCAAAAAAUUGAAUCAUUUGGAAAAGGAAGUGAUAGAAACGGCAUGCUUGAAAGAUUUGUCAGAUGCAGUGUGCAGUACAGUGACGAUGUGAUUCACAUCAAUGGAGAUGCUGUUGAUGAUGUCAAUGACACGUUGAUUUCAAAGGAGGAUACAGAUUACUUGUGGCUUGUUGAAGUGCCUAUGUCAUAUGAUGUCAAGGCAGUGACAACUGAUGAAGCAUCUGUUACUGUGGAGCAUCUAGAAAAUCAAACGUGUAAAGUGCAAACAGACAAAGGAGACAUAGUCACCAAGAAACUGAAGUCAGAUAAAGUGUCGCUAAGGAGUACAUCAGGAGACGUUAAUUGCAUGAAGAUGUUGCAGGGUAAUAUCACCAUAGCAACCGGAGAUUACGGAAAUGUGACAACAGACAGACUACAGGGCCAGGAGGUCUCCAUUAAUGCUGGUUCAGGGGCCAUUCUAGUCAAGGAUGUCUAUGCCAACAAUUCUUCAUUCGGAUCAGUGAAUGGGGGCAUUAAUCUUGGCAAUCUACACGGAGAUGUAGCAGUUUCUUGCAAAGAAGGAAAUCUGAACAUUGGGAGUCUUGAUGGAUCUCUUACAGCGCAUAUUGACAAGGGAGAUAUCACUGUCUAUCUCGCCAAGCACAAAGACGUGGAUAUCGAUUGUAAACAAGGGGAUAUUUCCAUCAAGACGUCUGCUGAUGUUACUACCAAGCUUCAUCUUCAAGCAUCAGAGAACAUUGAGCUCCCCCAGGAACUGGCUGCAAAUUUCACUCCAGAAACUAAAGAUGAGAGUAGGGAACCAGACAAUAGAACCAAAAAGGGAUCUUUGAAAGGUGGUCAGGCGUCUUCAUUGACAGCUGUCGCUCAUCACGGUGGUAUAACGCUAUCUAUCCAAUCAUGGUUUGACUCACUCCAACUACAGAAGAAAUAACAGCUAUUUUAUCCCAGUCCAAAGCGCACAUGUAAGUGGCAUUCAAAUAAAUAUGUUUUUUAAAGAUUAUUUUUAUUGCAAAGGGCAUUGGGCAUUGGGCAUCACUAGAAUAUUGAGGUUAGAGUUACUCUCCCCAUGCUGAGUUUCACCCUGAUUUUAUUUUUUUUUUAUUUAUUUUUUUAUUUAGUGCUAUUUUUCUAGUUAUUCACUUUUAAUUGAGACAUCGAGCAAAAAACACACAAAAAAGUCUGGCAUAUUUAGUAAUGGAAUUAUUACUCUUUACAAAUUUUGAAUUAUUUCAGGCCAGACAAAAAUUAAUUAAGCCGUAUCUUUUGUGUGUAAUGGGUGCAAAAGCAACCCACAUGAAAGCAUAUUUUCAGAGGUUUUGAAAAGAUCUGUAA